AUGGGUGACUGGAGCUUUCUGGGGAGACUGUUAGAGAAUGCGCAGGAGCACUCCACGGUCAUUGGCAAGGUUUGGCUGACGGUACUGUUUAUCUUCAGGAUCCUGGUGCUGGGGGCUGCUGCUGAGGAGGUCUGGGGAGACGAGCAGUCGGACUUUACAUGCAACACUCAGCAACCUGGUUGCGAAAAUGUUUGCUAUGACAAAGCCUUCCCCAUUUCUCACAUCCGCUUCUGGGUGCUGCAGAUCAUUUUUGUCUCCACUCCGACCCUCAUCUACCUGGGCCAUGUCCUGCACAUUGUACGCAUGGAGGAGAAGAGGAAAGAGAAGGAGGAGCUGAAAAAGAAGGGAAGCAGCAAAGACGGCAACUACCCAGUAGCAGCAACAUCUGGCAGUGGUGGUGGAGGAGGCAGCAACAACAUCAAAGAUCAAUCUAUUGUCAAAAGGGGGAAAGAGAAGCUCCCAAUCCGUGAUGAACGUGGUAGAAUCCGUAUGGGGGGUGCCUUGCUCCGUACCUAUGUCUUCAAUAUAAUUUUCAAGACACUGUUCGAGGUGGGCUUCAUUGUUGGCCAGUACUUCCUAUACGGCUUCGAGCUAAAGCCAGUCUACCAGUGCAGCCGCUCACCUUGUCCACACACUGUGGACUGCUUCAUCUCGAGGCCCACUGAGAAGACCAUCUUCAUCAUCUUCAUGUUGGUGGUGGCCUCAGUCUCCCUGCUGCUGAACAUGCUUGAGAUAUAUCACUUGGGGUGGAAGAAGCUUAAGCAGGGCAUGACGAGCCAGUACAUCCUAGAGAUGCCUGUCGCAACAAUGACACCAGUUAUGGUAACGGGGGAGUCCAAACCUGUUUCCCUGCCGCCGCCAGCACCACCUGUGGUGGUCACGACUGCCACGCCGGCCCCUGUUCUGCCUGACACCCGCGCUGUCACACCACUGCUGGCCCCGGUGACCAUGGCAUCAUACUAUGCUACAGCUGCUCCAAGACCACGGCCCCCCUCCAACACGACGUCCAUGGCAAGCUACCCUGCUGUUCCACAGGUUCCUGAGGAGAGGCACCGUGCUGUGACUCCCACACCCAUCUCCACUCCCGUCACCAUCCCGACCCCCAUCCCCACGCCCACGCCAGCCGUCAUCAACUACUUCAACAGCAGCAGCCGUGCCCUGACAUCCGAGCAGAACUGGGUCAACGUGGCAGCUGAGCACCAGGGGAAGGUUUCCUCCAGCUCAGCAGGCUCCUCAACCCCCAGCAGCGUCCGGCAUCCCCUUCCUGAGCAGGAGGAGCCACUGGAGCAGCUACUCCCACCCCCAGCUGUGCUGCCCAUUGCCGCAGCCAACAGCGGCAGCAGCACCAGCCUGAGCGGGGCGAGCGGCAGCAGGUGGGAUGUGGAGGGCGAGGUGGAGCUGUCGAGGCCGCGGCCCAUCUCGGCUGCCUGCACCACAGUGGAGAUGCACGAGCCACCGCUGCUCGUAGACACGCGGCGCUUGAGCAGGGCCAGUAAGUCGAGCAGCUGCAGAGCCCGGUCAGACGACCUGGCCGUGUAA